AUGCAAUUGAAAUUUCUCGCCGGACUGGCUCUGGUCGGUCUGGUCGCGGCAAAGGACCCUGUCAGUUCGAUGUUCGUUUACGGCGCCGACGAGCAGCCGCUGGUGGCCUCCAUCAUCGGAAACGAUGCUACCGUCACAAGCUAUAAUAUCAAUUGUCGCCCUAGUACAGACAAAGAUGACUGCGGGAUGGGCGCCGGAAUGACACUGCUGGCCGAAGACUCAACGACAACGUACAUGAUGGACGACCCUACAGGCGGGACAUUCUUCGCCAUAAUCUGCUCGGUCGACGAGAAGAAAUCAACGGCUGUCUGUCGAGCAACCGUUAGCUCCGCCUCGGGCUCCAGUUCGGGCCUGCACACCUCCACAACCACGACGAGUUUCUCGCGAUUACCGGUGACGAUAACAGGUGGCGAGGUGACGAGCGCGACUCCGACGUGGCCGGGGACGAGUACGUCUCAUGCCACGGCUACUGGGACGGCGACAGCGACGGCGACGCAGACGGGGUCCAGCUCGACAAGUAGUGGUGGCGGAAUGGCCAGGGUGACGGGGGAUACGGGGAUGAUGCUGGGAGCUGCAGCAGUGGGAUUGGCUGCGCUUCUUUAG